GAGUCGUGCAGCGACGGUGGUAGUGGGGAGGAAAGGAAAGAGAAGCACACAAAAGAGCCAAAAUCGACGAAGAAACGAAAGAGAAAAUGUCAUGGUCUUCAAGCAGCAGAUGCAAGAAAUGCAAGAACCGGCGAUGUUGUGGGCCAACAUCGCCACUGCAGUAUUGAGAACGGAGCAGCUGCAGCGACGCCUCUCGCGCAGGACGUAGGAAAGAUGCAAGACAGAAAAGAACAGGGUGAUCCUGUUGUUUCUCCGUUUUUGUCCCGGUCCUGUUGGUGGAAGACCCGGUCCUGGUGGAAUAGAUGUUUUGCACGAUGCUUUUCUGCGAAGCAGUACUCUCAUCUCGAGGAGGAGGCUGAGCUAGAUCUAGAUGAAGAUCGGAAACUGAACUGCGCUGCAGGAUUAACCACAAAGAAGUCUCGUCCCGCGACAACACUUCGACAACACGAUGUAAGGCACACUGGAGGAGGAGGCGAACGCAACUGCUCACUCGAUGAAGAAGUUCUGGUGGAGCGGUAUCCGAAUCGGCGCUUUAAGUACGGACAGC